AUGACCGGCGUUACACAGUCCCCAGCAGCCCCCCGCCCCUGGGGGCUAUCCUGGCGCAGCUCGAAGCCUUUCAUUGUGACGAGCAUAGCGAUCGCCAUGUUUACAGAUAGCUUCCUGUUCAGCUUCAUCGUCCCAAUCAUGCCGGACAUCCUCGAAGGCCGGCUGCAUAUGCCGUCGUCGAAAGUCCAGCUCUUGACGUCAGUCAUCCUGUCCAUGAAUGCGCUGCUUACGAUCAUCAUUGCCCCGUAUACGGGACACCUGUCGGACAAGGUGUCGCGCAAGAACACGCUGAUGCUAUGGUCGUACGCCGUCAACACGGUCGGGACAGUGGUCAUCGCUGGAUCCAGCACAUUAACCGGGCUCAUCAUCGGCCGCCUCAUCCAAACAAUCGGCGGCUCGCUGCUCUACAUCGCCGGCAUGGCCAUGCUCGGCGCCACCGUAGGCUCCGAGCACCUCUCCAAGGCGAUGGGGAUCUGCGUGCUCCUGAUAUCAGGCGGGUUCCUGUCCGCCCCGGCGCUCUCGGCAGCGGUCUACAAGUUCUCGACGUACGCGGUGACGUGGCUGUCGGCGUUUGCGGUGCUGCUCGUGGGCUCGGUGCUGCAGGCGCUCGUGAUCGAGCCGUACCUGCUUCCCAAGGAAUGCGACAAGGGCAGAGAAAAUGGCGCAAACGGAAGCCCGGUGGUCGUGGAAGAGAGCGACAGCGACAGAGACAUCGAGUCCUACGCGCGGAGCUACUACGACGAAAUGGGCGGGCAAGAAUCAGACAGACUCCUCCCAGCGCCGCCCUCCUUCAACAGACACCGGAGUGCGGGAUCAGAGUACCACACCUUCAACCCGCAGAAGGAAAUCCCACCACCCCCCUCCUCGUCCACAAUCUACCGCCGCAUGCUUUGCAAAAAGCGCGUCGUCACGGCCCUCGUCGCCGAAACGUUCCUCGCAGCCCUGAUCGCCAGCUUCGAAGCCACGAUCCCGCUGCACAUCCGCGACGCAUUUAACUGGGAUAGUCUGCGCGCCGGAAUGCUCUUUCUGAUCCUGCAGGCGCCGACGUCGAUUCUCGUCUUCCCGAUCGGCUGGUUGAAGGAUCGGAUUGGGAUGCGCGGGCCGGUCACGCUGGGGUUCUUGGUCAUGGCGCCGUCGCUGUGGUUACUUGGGGUGCCGGGGGCGAACCUUACGGGGUUCGGGUGGGCGGAUGGGAAGAAUGGCGAGGUGCUUUAUGUUGCGAUGUUGGUUGCUAUUGGGGCUGCGAGGACGCUGGUGCUCGGGUUUGGGGGCGUGGAGGUUCUGCGAGGCGCCAACGAAGUCGCGGCCGAAAUGCCGGGGCUCGUGCAGGGCGGGGGCAUCUCGCUGUACUCGCGGGCCUUUGUGCUAUCAAACAUCACCUGGAAGCUGGGCAUGUUCCUGGGCCCGCUUGUCUCUGGGGCGUUGACGAAGAGCUUGGGGUACUAUGUGAUGAAUUUUGUUUUUGCUGUGAUGUGUCUGGUCACAGGGGUUAUGACGGGGGUUAUCCUGGGGAGUGGGUAG